AGAAAAUAUGAAAAAGGAAUAAACCAGUGGAAAGCUGGGGAAACUGAGUUUGUCCUUGUCCACGAACGAACCCUAAGUCCUCUCGUUGAGCCAUAUCCUCCAUCAAUCUUCAAUCACUGAAAAGGAAAAGGCUCUUUCUUUCGUCGAAUCAUCUAUAAAACUGAGAUUUUUGUCACGGAAGGAAUCAUGCUCUUCCAUAGGCUAUCAAGAUUAGGUUCUCGCAUUGUUAAAGAGCUUCCUAGAGAGAGGCAUUUCUCAGUAUCUGGGAUGCGGGUUUUACAAGGGUCUUAUAGCCAAUAUCUGCAAUCUUCGGCUGUAACUCAGAGGCAGUCUAGGACGUUUCAGCAAGCCUUUUUCUCAAGUAACUAUAAUCUUUGUACGUUGUUCAGCACUAUCUCUGAAACGGAAAAGAUAAACGUUAUCUUUGUUGAUAAAGAUGGAGAGGAGAUUCAUAUAAAGGUCCCAGUUGGAAUGAACAUCCUUGAAGCUGCUCACGAAAAUGAUAUAGAACUUGAAGGGGCUUGUGAAUGUUCUCUAGCCUGUUCCACGUGCCAUGUGAUUGUUAUGGACACGGAAUACUACAACAAACUCGAAGAACCAACAGAUGAAGAGAAUGAUAUGCUGGAUCUUGCUUUUGGGUUAACAGAAACGUCAAGAUUGGGAUGUCAAGUCAUAGCAAAACCAGAGCUAGAUGGAAUACGCUUAGCCAUUCCUUCAGCCACUAGAAAUUUCGCAGUUGAUGGUUUCGUUCCAAAACCUCACUAAGCCACUUCAAAGUGUUCUCACAGAGGAUGAGUAUUCUAUUAGUUGAGUAACUUGAGUUGUAAGAGUUUUCUGAGCUUACACACUUGUUUAGAAUCAGAAACAGCAUAUUACAAUAAAGCCUUUGGGAGUUGUAACU